UCCGAUAUAUCGAUUUUUUCGAUAUUUAGUUUCCGAUAUAUCGAUAUUUAAAAUAUCGAUAAUUUUUUUUCGAUAUCCCAUCACUAACUAGUUAUAGGUUCUCAGGGCUAAAAGAUCAAACAAAGAUUUAUUUCGGUAGAAAAGCUGGGAUGCUAAAGGUAUGGUGGAGGGGCUUAUGCAUAAUAGUUUCUUCGCGUAGCAUUUUUCCCUAGGUAUGUCUGUGUAACUUGAAGUUACCACGUGAAGUGAAAAAGGACUCAAAAUGUCAAUGGAGAGUCAAGUGAAUGAAGUAGUGCUAGCUCAACAGGAGGAUGACCGAGAGAUUCUUAAUGCCACGAUAGAGUUCUGCAUCAGCAAAUGUGACUCUCUAUGGCGACUUGACGGACUUCGCCAAGUUGCCAUAAGCAGAAAGGAUGAUAUACCUCUUCUUAUGAUGUUAAGGAGAUAUCUCAGCUUGCAGAGAGAGACAAACUCUACAAUUAUUAACAUUUAAACGGUUGUUGUUCCAGAGACAGAUUUUGAUGAAGACAUUAUACCGAAUUCUCAAAUAAAGAAAAUUAAAAAAAAAUCAGAAGAAUUAGUUCAAGAAAAGCGUGAAAAGAUUAGAUAGGAGAAAAUUAAGGAAAAAUUCAAAAUUAAAAUGGCAAGAGAACGUGAGGUUAGAUUAAGGAAAAUUUCGAAAAUUAGAGAGGCAACUUUAAAGAAGGAACGAAAAUUGGAAAAUGAUCAAAUAAAUAGAGAUCUGGCAAAACAAGAUCGAUUAAAAGUAGCAAAAAAUGAACAAGCAGAAUACUGGGAUAUGAUAAGUAAAAAAGAGAAACCAGAACAAGCUCAGAAGGAACAAAAAAAAGUUCUGAGAGAGGUGCAGAAAAAACAGAAGGUUCGACAGCAGAUGGAGGGAAGUACAUCAGGAACAGAAUGUCAAGAAGUUCAAAGUUGUGUCAAAAGCACAGUGACUCAAGUAGGGUCAAAUAUGCAGCUUGGCCCAGUGGAUCCUGAUCCGAGCGCGAUUGCAUGCCCGUCAAGAGCUAUGGUGACUAGUCCUGUUAAUACAGCUCGAGAAUCUGCAGACCCGUUCAUACCUACGUAAGAUGUCCAGCUCAACGCAGAUGACCUUGAAGAUGCUCAACCACUAGAAAUGAUCUUUCAAUCAUUCGGUGGACCGGUGGUGUAUUGUGACCAGAAUGUAUUAGAUGAUUCAAUGUUCUGCGGCAGUCAAACAGCAAUUGACAUUACACCAAUAAAAAAUCAUAGAGAGUGAAGAAUAUGACAAUUAUAUUUG